AUGGGAACGAUCUUAACCCGCGUGUGGAAUUGCCAGGGAAGGGAAGCGCGAGGGACUGUUGUGUUGUCGCUACCCAUACCACAGAUGUUCGAAACCUUCACGGGCAACCCCUCGGUACCGUUGGUCCGUCCCGUCAGUUGCACCGCAGCCGGCGAACCACGCGCUCCGACAGCUACCGUUACCCUGUUAGUGUGUUCCGUUCGGUUGCCCAUUCCGGUGGACCUACUGUGGCUAUUGUUUCGUACGGCCCGUGCGGUGUUUCCGCUUUCCAGGCAUCGAUCGAGACACGCGUGAAAGAUGUUGAAUUUAGACGUUGUUCCGAUUGCGAUCGGUGUGGUGGUGGUGGUGGUCGGUGCCGCCAUUGCCAACUAUUUGCUGAACGGUGGCAAAAAGGACAAAUCGUCACGCACGGCCCGUAGCGCCAAUAGCUCGAAGGAACCGAAAACCCUGCUCGAUCCACAGGAAAAGUAUAUGCUACCAUUGAUCGAGAAGGAGGAGAUCUCACACGAUACGCGCCGUUUUCGGUUUGGUUUGCCGAGCGAGAAGCACAUACUGGGACUGCCGGUCGGUCAGCACAUUCACCUGUCGGCCACCAUCAACGAUGAGCUGGUGAUCCGGGCCUACACGCCCGUCUCGUGCGACGAUGACCACGGGUACGUCGAUCUGGUCGUGAAGGUGUACAAGAAGAACGUACAUCCAAAGUUCCCCGAUGGUGGCAAGAUGUCGCAGCACCUGGAAUCGCUGAAGCUCGGCGAUCGCAUUGCAUUCCGUGGACCGUCCGGUCGGCUGCAGUACCUGGGUAAUGGGCGGUUCUCGAUCAAGAAGCUACGCAAGGAUCCGGCCCAAAUCUACGAGGCGGAGCAAGUGAGCCUGAUUGCCGGAGGAACCGGAAUCACUCCGAUGCUGCAGUUGGUUCGCGAAGUGCUGAAACAUUCCGAUACGGACAAAACGAAGCUAUCGCUCAUUUUUGCCAAUCAGACGGAGGACGAUAUUUUGCUGAAACCCGAGUUGGAUGAGCUGGCGGCACGGCAUCCGGAGCAGUUUAAGCUGUGGUACACGCUGGAUCGACCAAAACCGGAGUGGACCCAGGGCAAGGGUUUCGUCUCGGAUGAAAUGAUCAAGGCGCAGCUCUUCCCACCGAGCCCAUCCGCGCUGGUCUUGAUGUGUGGUCCACCACCGAUGGUCAACUAUGCCUGCAUUCCCGCACUAGAAAAGCUUGGCUAUCCCAUCGAGCGCACCUUUGCCUACUGAAGACAACCACCAGGAAAAGACUAAGCCAGGGGGAGGUUCAUUAGACAUCCAAACAAAACCAGUCCAUGUAUCGCGCACAAUCCAUUAUCGCCGGUUUCAAUGCAGACUCUACAAGUCCCACCACCCGUGACACCCGAAUGCGUUUAUGUGACGCGCCUUGUAUCGAUUAAAGAGAAGAAAAAGGAAACUUUCGCUUCAACGAAGCUUCUGGCAGCGGUGGUGGUGAUGGUGGCAUUAUUUGGAAAGAUGGAGCCAAAUUAGCGAUCCCAAAUCGGCCUUUCUCGUUUAGAGGCGCCCGCGGUGCGGUAGGCUUCAGUGACCUAUGAAUUCUAAAUUGCUCUGCCCUUUUUGCCAAGCUUUACAAGAUAUCAUUGCCGUGACAUACCGUGCGUCCAAACUGUGGUUGUAGCGGUCUAUUAGUAGUAGCUUGAGCUGUAGCUGUUCUCGAUACAAUGAAACCGAGUGUUAUCACCUUUUCCUUCAACUGCCCAGAAUAUGUAGAGCGGCUCAGUUACUGCAUGUGAAACAUAAUAACGAGAUUGAACUAUUAGCGUCCUCGAGACGAAAAGCUGAAUGUUGUGGUUUAAAAGUGUAUCAAGAUUUAGAAUAUUAGUGGCAAAAUAAAAGUAAAAGCGAAGCGCGCUGUAGACACUGUGGA